CCUAAUAACGAAAUAGACGAAUUUUAUUCUAAUAGUGAUAAAAUAUGUGACGAAAAAAUUAAAAUUGAACAAGAAUUACAUACAGAGAUAAUAGUAAAAAAUGAAUAUGAAUAUUACGACGAAAUGUUUGAAGUAACUAAGUCAGAUUAUGAUGACAUUCUAAAAGAAACUUAUUCAUGUGAUGUUUGUCAACAAAAAUUUGUUCACCAACAACAUUUAGCUCAACAUCAACGAAUUCAUACUGCGGAAAAACUAUUUUCAUGUGCUGAUUGUGGCAAAACAUUUACACGAAAGAACAGUUUAGUUCCACAUAAACGCAUUCACUCGAGGAAAAGAUCUUGGAAAAAAACGCUUAUAAACAAUCUAACUUCACGAAGCCGCAACUCGUCUCAAGAACACCUAGAAGAGCAUCGUCAUCAAACUGAUCAGGAUUCUCAAACUUCUCACAGUGAAGAUUCAUUAAAUAAAGAACAUAAUCAGGUUUCUGCUCAACCCACACGUGCUGCUAAAGUGAGAUGCUUGCAAAAUUUGACUGAAAUUACACGAGCAGAAAGGUCUUAUGAUUUAGAUGUUUCACGAGAGCGUGCGGCCCAACGUGUAGCUAAUGAAAAUAACAAACAACGAGAGCGACGUAUACAAGAUUUGCGGCAGCGUGCGGCAGAGCGUGUAGCUUCUGAGAAUGAUGAACAACGAGAGCGACGUCUACAAGAUUUGCGGCAGCGUGCGGCAGAUCGUGUAGCUUCUGAGAAUGAUGAACAACGAGAGCGUUCUAUCGAUAAAUUAUGUUCAGAACUGAAAAUUAAACAAGAAGAUGAUAACGAAAUAGAAGAAUUUUAUUCUAAUAGUGAUAAAAUAUGUGACGAAAAAAUUAAAAUUGAACAAGAAUUACAUACAGAGAUAAUAGUAAAAAAUGAAUAUGAAUAUUACGACGAAAUGUUUGAAGUAACUAAGUCAGAUUAUGAUGACAUUCUAAAAGAAACUUAUUCAUGUGAUGUUUGUCAACAAAAAUUUGUUCACCAACAACAUUUAGCUCAACAUCAACGAAUUCAUACUGCGGAAAAACUAUUUUCAUGUGCUGAUUGUGGCAAAACAUUUACACGAAAGAACAGUUUAGUUCUACAUAAACGCAUUCACUCGAGGAAAAGGCCUUUAGGUAGACAUAAACGUAUCCAUACUGAGGAAAAACCAUUUUCAUGUAUUGAUUGUGGUAAAACAUUUAAACGAAAGGACAAUUUACUUCAACAUAAUCUAAUUCAUACUGGGGUAAAACCUUUUUCGUGUAAUGUGUGUGAUAAAAGAUUUACUCGAAAUACAACUUUAAUUCAACAUAAACGCAUUCACACCCGGGAAAAACCGUUUUCGUGUAAUGUGUGUAAUAAAAAAUUUACACAACAACAAAUCUUAACUAAACAUCAACAAAUUCAUACGGCAGGAAAACUAUUUUCAUGUAAUGAAUGUGAUAGAGAAUUUGCACGAAAUCACAGUUUGCUUCAACAUAAACAAAUUCAUACUAGGGAAAGGCCUUUUUCGUGUAAUAUGCAUGAUCAAAAAUUUAUUCGAAAUACACAUUUAGUUAAACCUAUACGAACUUAUACUAGGGAAAAACUCUUUUCAUGCGAUGCUUGUGAUAAAAAAUUUACACGAAAGGAAAAUUUGAUUCAACAUCAAAUAAUACAUACUGAAGAAAACUCAUUUUCUUGUAAUGCUAAUGAUUUAUUAUCUAGUCAAAUUAGUCCAUAAAAUAUAAGUAAGGUUACAAAAAUUCCCAUAGAGCUAAAAAUUGGUAUAAAUGUUUAGAAUACUAUUAUAAUUGAAUUGUGAAAAGUCCCCAUCAAUUCCCCUUGUGCAAACAAUUUUAUUGAAAAACUAUUUUUGUUGUUAAACUCACCUUUUUGCUGAAACCUUCCCCCCCCCUCAAUAAAAUUUUUUGCACAAGGGGGAUUGAUGGGGACUUUUCACAAUUCAAUUAUAAUAGUAUUCUGAACAUGCAUUCCAAUUUUUAGCUCUAUGGGAAUUUUUGUAACCUUUAAAGUGUUAUUUGACUGGAUAAUUAGUGAAACAUAAAGGAAUACUUAGUGGGCCACCGUAUGCUUGUGAGUACGGUGAGCUAAUUUUUACGCACAAGAACGAAUUAAACCGAUCAUAAAAAUCUUAUUUGGAUUGAUAAAUAAAACAUGUUUUUUAUGAAA